UGUUUUGGAGGAAGUGAAGAGAAAAAGAAAAGAGAAAGUGGACCGGGCCGGAACACGGAGAUUACCGAACCCUCGGUCUCAGCAGGCGCGUUAACAGCACCACCCUCGCGGGAUUAUUUAUUACUCCAGUUUGAUUUGAUAAACCUGAUAUAGUGACACAGGCGAGGAAUAUUUAAUUUGUAAAUAAACAACGAACGAACAAAACAAUAGUGACACAGCGAAGAGGAAUUAGCGUUAGCGUUAGCAUUAGCUUAUAUUUGCUGAAACACUACCGACCUUCGCCGUUACUUCUGUUUAAUUUCUGGACUGAGCUCUGACGCAAUGACAUCAAGGAAGAAAGUUCUGCUGAAAGUGAUCAUCCUCGGGGACUCAGGAGUGGGAAAGACCUCUCUGAUGAACCAGUAUGUGAACAAGAAGUUUAGCAAUCAAUACAAAGCCACAAUAGGAGCCGACUUCCUGACAAAAGAGGUGAUGGUGGACGAUCGACUUGUCACAAUGCAGAUUUGGGACACAGCGGGUCAGGAGCGUUUCCAGUCUCUGGGCGUGGCAUUCUACCGCGGCGCCGACUGCUGCGUGCUCGUCUUCGACGUCACGGCACCAAACACCUUCAAGACACUGGACAGCUGGAGGGACGAGUUUCUGAUCCAGGCCAGCCCUCGCGACCCAGAGAACUUCCCCUUCGUCGUGCUCGGCAACAAAAUCGACCUGGAGAACAGGCAGGUAACCACUAAGCGAGCACAAGCCUGGUGCCAGAGCAAGAACAACAUCCCCUACUUUGAGACCAGCGCCAAGGAGGCCAUCAACGUAGAACAGGCUUUCCAGACCAUUGCACGCAACGCACUCAAACAGGAAACCGAGGUGGAGUUGUACAACGAGUUCCCAGAGCCGAUCAAGCUGGACAGAAACGAGAGAGCCAAGCCAUCAGCGGAGAGCUGCAGCUGCUGAAGAUGUACAGGGGGCGCUACUGAUCACCCUCCACCCUCUCUGGCCUUGUUCCUCCUUUUCCCCUCUUUACACAUCUGUCUUUCUCUCUCUGUCUUUCCCCCUCUCUUUCCUCUUUUCCCUCAAUGUAAUCACUGGCCUUCAUAGAGCAGGCAGGCUUCCUCUUCUAGAAUAUACCCUAUACAAAUUGCACUCACACUCACACACAUGCACACUCACACACAUGCACAUGCCCACACACACGCAGCAGUGAUAAACAGGCUUUACAUUAAGCCCAAAGAGAUAAUUAUGAAGAAAAAGUGUUUUGGUGCACAAGUGUUUUCAGGCCCUCAGUAGUAGCUCUUUUAUCUUUAAUCUUGUCACUAGUUCUAACACCUUUCUUCAGACUUCCUUCAGUUUCGAACACACACACACACACUCUGUUCAUUCUGAAACUCUCAACACUUGAAUGCUUUCUGAGACUUUUUAUACAUACAACACCACCAUGUUAACUGGAACCUGUAAGAUGUGAUGCAGAUGGAUGGGGCUGUGUAAUAUACCGAUGUAUUAAAGCUCUGUGUUGGUAUCAGGACUGUCUGCUCUCUCUGGUUCGACACGAGGUUUCGCGUGUCGCGGCGUCCGACUCCUAAAAGCAUGCUCUUUUGCUUUAUUUGCUUUUCAUUAAUUAAUAUACAAUGUCACGUUAAAGAGUUGCUCCAACAAGCCUGGUGGUGUGAGGAUAUGACUAAAGAUCGGUCACUAAAAUCAGUAGUAUAGCAGUGACGUUAGAAUUCUAUAGCAUGUUGGGAUUUCUUUUUUUUCUGUUAUAAAUCGUCACCCUCUCAUGAGCAGGGCCGCUUACUGCGAAUUCUGCUGUUAGUGACACGAGCCGACUCUUCGUGUUCGUUGUGUUCGUUGUGUUUUUGGUUUUUUUUUUUUCUCGCUCCGCCUCGGAGUGGCAGAGGACCGGUUGGUAUCCCUUGGAUAUUUUACAAUCUGUUUAUUCUCUUAUGAUUUAUUAUUGUUUAUUAUAUUAUUACUAUUAUUACUAUUAUUAUUAUUAACUGACCUGAAUAGAUGGACAAAAAAAAAAACACACAAAACUACAGAACAGUGAGGACAUCUGAAGCAUUCAUCGUGACAUCUAAUGAAACAUUUAUUACAGCACAGCAUAUACAUCGUUUGAAAAUAAAUGUAUUUCAAAGUAAUACAAAAAUAAAAAAAAUCUUGUUGAAUAAA